GCCGCCCGCCGCCCGCCGCUAUUGUUCCCGCCACAAUGCGUUGACACUCGAGCUCGGAAGUGGCCCAUUCACGAAUCGUUCCGAAACACUGAUUGUUUUCGUUUUAUUUAAUCUUUAUUCGAGUUAUUUAAUCUGUGCGUCAAAGUGUUUUUUUUUAUAAUUUUGAACGUGAACGUGCGAGUGAUUUAUGUCACGGAUAUUGGACUUGUUCGGAAGCCGAGAACAUCGGCGCGGACUUCAAAGCCGCGCCUACAUCAAACGACCUCUCGCCAUCGCAUCGCCGAGUGCCUAUCGAGCGCUAAUUCAAUCAUAAAAACAAACAUGAGUGACUAUUUCCGUACGAAUCGCGGCUGAGGAGCACACAUGAGCGCGGAAAACGAGCCGGACUCCACAGAGGAAAAGCAGCACGAGACAGGGGGAGAAGCAAUGCAAACUGUAGUCUCUACGUACGUUGCACCGAAUCUCAACGGCAAGGGGGACAGUCUGAUCGACGUCAACUACCCCAAUGAAUACUCUCUAGACUAUCAAUAUGCCGAAAAAAUCGACAGUCCAGAGAACCAAGAGGAGAAGAUAGAGGUUGACGACGAUAGAGGAGAAUUAGUUAUAGCAGAUGAAGAUGAAACGAAAUCAGAUCUCGAAACGGAAAACAGAGUAGACGAACGAGCGGCAAGCGAGGAGUGCGAAAGUAGCAACCAAAGAGAGGAGAGUUUGCCGUCUUGGCAUCCACAUGUAUACGGGAAGCCACCGAAGAAGCCGACGCCGCAUACAAUAGAGUACAUAUUAGGAUUACCAAACAAACAAAGCAUACACGAGGAAAAGAAAAAGUCAUCCAUCGGUCAGCUGAUAAGCGUAAAAAGAACCUUGGAGACGAACAAGCAGUUCGUGUGUCAGGAGCAGAGUGCAGAGAGCAGAUUGGUGCAGGUGCAGGAGGGUCGGGGGCGCGCGUGUACCAGUGCGCAUAGGCACCGGCUGCAAGAGCAGCUGCUGCAGCGCGCGCGGACGGAGCAGUGCAGUGACAGUGCAGUGCAGUAUGCCGGCAAAGCCGAGGAACCUCUUAACUUAUCAGUGCCAAAGUCUAAGGAUUCGCCCGGAUGGAGCGUGGACGAAGAUAAACUCGUCAAAGAUCCAUCCAAGUUGAUCAAGAGAAAGAAAUCUACGGAGGACGUCCGGUCACCUCUGGGCGGGGAAGGAUCUCUGACCAGCGAGGAAGGGGAGGAGACUGCCGCGGGAAGGCGAAAGAAAGCCAGGACAACGUUCACCGGCCGCCAGAUCUUCGAGCUGGAGAAGCUAUUCGAAGUCAAGAAGUACCUCUCAUCCGGAGAGAGAGCGGACAUGGCCAAGCUGCUCAACGUAACGGAAACACAGGUAAAAAUAUGGUUUCAAAAUAGAAGAACGAAAUGGAAGAAGAAAGACAACGUGACGAAUGCGGAGGUGGCAGAAAUAAAGCAGCAGAACAAGCCCAUCGGAGAAGAGAAGAAGCCAGAGGAUGUUAAAGAAGAUCCGCUAGCACUAGACAUGUCUAAGAAGAAUUGUAAUAAAAUAUUAAACGAGAAAUUAAGAAGUACAAAGCAAUUAGUGCAGACUGUUGUCCCUAAACCUAGGAGGGUAGAGAAGGGGGUAGUUUUAGAAAGUAUAUGUGACUCAAAUGAUAUAGAAAGUAGAAUUUCAAUAACAAAGAUAACUAACAAAUUAUCUAAUACUGAGCUGGCGGGAGAGAACAAAGUAUCAGUUAAAAGUUUUAGUCCCGAAGAAGUUAAAGACAUGAAAUUUGAUAAUCUGAGUAGGGACGUCGAAAUGUGAGGGCUUUAAGUUUAUAGAUCGUGAGCCCUUUGCGAAAUCUCAUAGCUUUUAGCUAGAAUUUUUUUCCUACUACUACACCUAUCCUAUUACUACAUGAAACUCAAAGCCUUACUUAAGUAUAUUACCUGUAUCUUAGAAAAAAGACUUAUUUUCAACUAUCUUAAAAAGUAUCAUCAAAAAGCUUUCAAAUUAGAUUUCCAACAAAGAAACAAUGCUUAUAACAUAUUAGGAGAUUUCGCGAUGGCGUCCACGAUAUAAGUAAAUUAAGUCGGACAAAACAAGUAUACGAUAAGAAACAUAGAAGACACCGUCCGUCCGACGCGAGGCCACUGCACGUCAAAUAGUCAAAAUAACAUUUCUUUGAAUCAAAUAAAUCUGUAUAUAUUUAUAAAAUCAGGAGAUAAUUUGAACGCUUUUGCUAUUUCGUGUGUUCUGUGUACUAACAAUUACGUUUGAAUGUUUGUUAUACAAAAUGUAUUUAUGUGUACGAUUGUUAUGUA